CCACUCCCCACCGGCCCACGCCCACCCGUUCCAAUUCAUCCUCCGGCAAAUCCCAACCACAGCGAGCGCGCGCUCAGCUCCAUGGACGCCCCCCACUGCCCCGUCCGCCGCCAUCUGCCACCGCCGCUCCAGCUCCCUCCCUUCUCGUCUCCAACUCUCGGGUACCGACGCCGCGUCGCCACCGCCGUGGCAUGCUGCUGCUCCGCCGCGGCGGGGGGCCAGCACCAGCACCAGGAGCGGCCGUGGGAGUCCUACGACCGCGACAUCCAGUCCCACGCCGGCUCCGACCUGUCCCGCUCCCUCGGCCUCCUCGCCGACAUGCAGGCGGCCGGGGCGCGCCCCAGCGCCGCGGCGUACGCGCGCCUCAUCCGCGCGCUGGGCCGCGCGGGGCGCACGCUCGAGGCCGAGGCGCUCCUGCUCGAGAUGCGCCGCCUCGGCCCUCGCCCGGACGCCGGGCACUACAACGCGCUCCUCGAGGGGCUGCUCGCCAGGGCGCACCUCCGCCUCGCCGACCGCCUCCUCCUCCAGAUGGCGGACGACGGCGUCGCGCGGAACCGGCGCACCUACAUGCUCCUGCUGGACGCGUACGCGCGCGCGGGCCGGCUCGAAGACUCGUGGUGGGUCCUGGGCGAGAUGAGGCGCCGGGGGAUCCGGCUUGACACCGCCGGGUACAGCAUGCUGGUGCGGCUUUACCGGGACAAUGGCAUGUGGAAGAAGGCAACCGACCUCGUUAUGGAGAUGCAGGAGCUCGGGGUGGAGCUCGAUGUCAAGAUUUACAACGGUUUGAUCGAUACUUUCGGCAAGUACGGGCAGUUGGCGGACGCACGCAGGGUGUUCGACAAAAUGCGCGCAGAAGGGAUCAAACCGGACAUUUCGACUUGGAAUGCUCUGAUUCUAUGGCAUUGUCGAGUUGGGAACAUGAAGCGUGCUCUGCGAUUCUUCACCUCAAUGCAGGAGGAAGGGAUGUACCCGGACCCAAAGAUAUUUGUAAUGAUCAUCAGCCGGUUGGGGGAGCAGGGGAAGUGGGAUGACAUAAAAAGGCUGUUUGACGGCAUGAAGAAUCGAGGUUUCAAGGAGAGUGGCGCAGUAUAUGCUGUAUUGGUUGACAUUUAUGGGCAAUAUGGCCAUUUCCGUGAUGCACACGAGUGUAUAGCUGCUCUCAAAGCUGAGAAUACGCAGCUUUCGCCUCGCGUCUUUUGUGUCCUUGCCAACGCUUAUGCUCAACAGGGGUUGUGUGAACAAAGUGUAAAUGUACUUCAGUUAAUGGAGGAAGAAGGAUUUGAGCCAAACCUUGUUAUGCUGAAUUUGUUAAUCAACGCUUUUGGCACUGCUGGAAGGCAUUUAGAGGCACUGGCUGUAUUCCAGCAUAUCAAGGAUAGUGGUAUGAGCCCAGAUGUUGUGACAUACACUACACUUAUGAAAACAUUUAUGAGAGCAAAGAAAUUUGAAAAGGUAUCUGAAGUAUACAAGGAAAUGGAACGUGCUGGAUGCACUCCAGACAGAAAAGCCCGAGAAAUGUUACAUGAUGCCUCUGUUAUAUUGGAACAAAGAGGAUGUAUCUAUUGAAAUUGGAACGCUUGCUAUUCUAAAUGGCCCAGGUGUCAAUGUUCCUAGUGCCAGGGAUACCAUCUCCCUUAUUACUUGCAAAUGCAUGGUGAAGAAAUCAUCUGAAAGGAAACACAAGAAAGUUUCCAUACAUCAAGAUGAUGGCUCACUGGUAUUUUCUCCUAUGCUGGGAAAUACUGUGCCAGUGUGCCUGCAAAAAGUGGGAUGAUCACAGCGUAACUCUUCAUGUCCAAAACUUCGAAAUGUUUAUGUUGCACAGAGAGGUGAAAAAGGGUUUGUGAUCAAAGUAAUCCUAUCAGGCAUAAAGAAAGGAGGAAUCAGAAAGCGAAAGAGCCAUGAAUACUGAGAAGGAUUUAGACAUCUACGGGGAUGAAGUGCAUCAAUAUUAUGGAAGUUCCUUAUGUUGCUUUCAUUCUGAGUCAUAUCUUAGGAACUUAGUGCGACAAAUAAAUUUAGAAAAAUAUUAGGUGUACUGAUUAUUGACUUUGUGACUAGAUUCAGCUAACUACAAGGUUAGCUUAUGUAAUCAGCCAUCAUGUGGUUUCCAGCCAACUAUAAUUUCAUUAAUUAAAAUACCUACUUUUCAUUUCUC